AAGAUUCAGUCGGGGCGUACUGGCUAACACUGGGCGUAGCUGGAGAGGAUUUUAGCUCGCCGCUGCACCAACUGACCAGACCUUGCUGUCUCCAGAAAGCCUGUAGACCUGGGGCCAUCUUGUAAAAUUUAAGUCAAUCAGCCCUGCCCUGCAGAGACGCAAAUACCACUCUAGUGGAGAUGAAGCCGGAUGGGGUUGCCACGGCAGCGUUGGAGCCAAUGGAAACACUGGAAUCCAAUCCAGGAAAUGAGGCAGCACCAGCUGUGGGACAGGAGCCCAACCAGGCAGCCAGUCCUGUGGAAGAGGAGAUGCCACAGCAGGCUGUAGGAGAGACAGGCCAGGUUGAACCCCAACCACAACAGGCCAAGGAAACCGAAGCUGCCAAGACCAGCAACACGAUCUCAGGAGACGCCAAAGCCAAGACUACCAACAAGGGCACAGCCAAGACAAAACCUACCACCACCAGCCCAACCAAGACCACAUCUGGCUCACGGUCCAACACAUCCCAGAGCCGCCUCUCAAAUGGCGUGUCUAAGCCUCAGACCAAUGGAGUGGCUAAGAAAUCCACACCUGCUCUAGACAAAAAGAACACCUCGACCUCAGCUUCCUCCAAAAAACCAACGGGCACGGCUGGAGCCCCAGCCUCCAAGAGCAAAGUGGGUGAGAAGAAAGCCACAGGAGCUGCCCCGACCACCAAUGGAGCAAAGUCGACGACUGGACCAACAGCAGCCAAGAAGACACCAUCCACAACUGCUAAUGGUGUCAAAACCAGCAUCACUGCAGCUGCUGCUAAAAAGCCCCCAGCUCCCAAAGCUGCCUCUGCAACUCCCACCAAGCCUAGUUCUGCUGCCUCACCUAAACCUGAGAAGCCCCCUAUUUCCAAGACAACCAGGCCCACUACUGGCACAUCAGCAUCAUCUCGUCCAGCAACAGGCUCAAACCGGGCACCCACUACCAACACAACCAAGAGCUCCCCAGCUACAGCCAAACCUGCUACCCCUAAAACCCCUUCCAACACUGCCAAGCCUGCUGCCUCCAAACUAACCUCCACUACCCCCUCUGGUGGCAAACCGCCGGCAUCACAAACAUCCAGAAACUCAACCCCUGUGAAAAAAGAUGUUACCAAACCAGCUACCCCAGCAGCCAAAAAGUCAGUAGAUUCUGCCCUUACCCGCCCUUCAUCCGCAACAAAGUCAGCAAAACCUGAGACCCCCAAAUCAGCUUCAAAAUCAGACGUCACUGCCAAAAAGCCUACUACUAUUACUAAGGCUGCAGACACAAAAAUACCUAACCGGUCCAAAACACAAGAGAGUAAGCCCACACCUUCCAAGGAUGCUUCCAAAACACUUGGCUCCAAAGCAGCUGUAGCCAAGACCUCCAGCCCCAAGAAAACUGUGGGCAGCAGCACUCCAACUCCUGUGAAACGUGGCCCCAAAGCUGCAACAGCUGCUGAACCUGGAAAGGAAAUAGCCGCUGCUUUAGCUGCAGCAGCAGCUAUCGCUACUGCAGCAGCUGCCAUUGCCGGGCCAGAGGAACGAGAACCUCCUGCAGAAGUACCUGUGGAGCCACCCGCUGGAACUCUUGAAGCAGUACAAGAAAAAACUUCAGAGCCCACACCAGAACCAGUCUCUGCACCAGCAUCAGAAUCAGUGCAAGAACCAACACCAGAACCCAUAAGUGAACCAAGACCAGAACCCACACAGGAACCAAUGCCGGAACCUAUACGGGAACCAACUCCAGAACCCAUACGUGAACCAACGCCAGAACCCAUACGUGAACCAACGCCAGAACCCGUGCGACAACCGACACCAGAGCCUGUACGUGAACCAACGCCAGAACAAAUACUAGAACCAACACCUGAGCCUGUACGUGAACCAACGCCAGAACCCAUACGAGAACCGACACCAGAGCCUGUACGUGAACCACUACAAAAACCAACACCAGAACCUGUACAGGAACCAAGUUCAGACCAAGUGCAAGAAACAUCUCCAGAACCCCCUGUAGAACCACUGUCUCAGCAGUCAGCAGAGCCAGAAGUAGGAGCUGAACCAGUCCAUGAACCAGCCUCCAAUGUUCAGAUGUCAGCCCAGCUCAACCUUUUCAAAUUCGAGGAGUCUGCGAACGACUCAGUUCCUUCCCUGGGAACUACUGUCAUGUCUCCUCCUUGUUCCCCACCAGGCCCUGUUUCUCCGGUUAGAGAGCAAGAGAAUGCCUCCUGUCUGCUGGAGAUGCAUAUCCAGGCUGAUCCCUGGGACAGGAACGUGCCCCUGGCAUCAUAUGAUAUUGCUUUCCAGAGUGCAGUCAAUAUGAUGAACUUCCAGACAGAAGAGGAAAAGGAGAAUAAAGAACACUUUGAGGCACAGGGAUUGAGGGAGGAGGAAGAGGAGGAGGAGGUAGAGAAAGAGAACCUCUAUAUGCCUACUUCUGCAGCUCCAUCUGAAGAGGCCUUUAAUAUGAUGAAACAACCUCACUUGUUGGGUGCCUCAUCCAUGGAUAAUUUCAUCCCCAGGGACCCGAUCUCCCCUCAUGAAAAGGAGGAGGCUGUGGAAAAGGCUGAUGAAGAGAUCAAUGAGGAUGAUGAAGAGGAGGAAGAGGAUGAAGAUGAGGAGCAGAGGAGACUAGGCCAUCGGCCUUCAUCCAUGAUCACUGACAUGAGCAAGUCUCAGCCCUCUGAGGAGUUCCAAGUAAGGUCCUCAACCUUUGGCAUUUCUGUAGGAUGGCAUGGUGACGAACUGCUGUCUGGGAUGGACUCGGAUGUGAGCAGCUGCACUAGCAGUCAGCAGCAGGGAGUCUUUGACCUCAGGAGCACCCAGCACACCGCAAUAUUGGAGGGCACCCAGAGCUCAGACGCCCUGGUCAACUCAAGCCUCCAUGGCUCUGAGGGCGAUGGUAAUCUCACGGGUUCUCCCAACGUGGAAACCCUGGCCAACGAAGAAGAGAAGGACGAGAAUGAAGAGGAUGAGCGGGUGGACGAUAUGGACUUGAGUUCAGAGAGAGUAGAGGAGCAUCACAAGGUGUUCCAGCAGCAGGAACAAGAUGAGGAGGAUGAUGAAGAUGUAGAGAUGCACAGUGAAGGUGUGACAGAGAGCUGUGGGAAUGUAGAUGAAGAUGACUUCAAUGAGGAGGAGCGUUUAGACAACCUCAAUCGCUCUGUUCCUCCGCCUUGCAUGCCCCCAGCCUCCUCCUGGGGCCAGACCAACCCCUUCUCUGAUACCUGGGGUCAACCAGCCUCGCUGCUCUCUGUCUCCUCCCCCAGCCCAGUGUCUGACCAUGAUUUAGCUGAAUCUGAAACACCAACUCAGUCAGCUGCCCAGGCAUGUUUGGACAGCAGUGCCCCUUCCUUUGCUCCUCAGUCAGAGCAAGAGCUCCAGCAGCACCAAUCAGUCCAUGAGGAGAUGAGGGGUUCAACCGAGGACGUUCAUGUCCUACUUGCUGCUCCAGCUGUAGGCAUGUCUCAGUCCAGCACUCUGAGUGGCACAGGUCUGAAUGCCCACAGCAGCAGCGAGACAAGCACACCAGAGGAACUACGAGACUACGACAGCAGCUCUGGGGUGGAGUCCCGUUCGGACAAGCAGCAGACCCCAGUGCCUGCUUCAGUCCAGCCUGACAUGGAGCAGGACCUGGGUAUCCACUUGGAGAAAGGCGAUGGAGAAGAGGAGGAGGCUGAGACACUCCCUGCCGAUGAGGUCCUGGGAACAGGACCCCCAACUGCUCCAGCAUCCGCUCCAUCUUCCCCUUCCACCUCAGGAGAUGAGGCCAGUGAUACAGAGGGUGAGAUGCAAAUAAACGACCCAGAUAAUCCAAUGAUGAUGGAUGAGAGUGCUGGAUUUGAAAGCCCUCCUCCCACCUGUAAUCUGCCUGCUCUUGAGGAGGAUGAGGAGGCAGCAGACACACCCGCCGGUGAGGGUGAAGAGGACGGAGGCGGAGCCACCCCUCAGUCAGCCAACUCUGUGGCAUCUUACGGCUUCGACUGCACCACAUCCAACUCCAACGCCCACUCCAUGGCCGAGAGCUGCGGAAAGAGCCCAGGGAUCUUCUCCCUAGAGAAUGAGGAACAGCUGCCUGAGGAGGCCAAGGACCCGUCCCUCAUCAAGGAGCUGACCCUGCCAUCAGCUGCUGCUGCUGCCCAGGCAGAGGACCUGCUGGGUAGACCUGUGGACCUGAUGCCUUUGGGCCUCCCGGGAGACAUCCAGCCCAGUCUAGAUGAGCAUCACUACAUGCUAGGGGGAAAGGUUGCAGCAGACCACCUGGGGGAAGUCGAUCCGUUGGAGCCCAGUCAUCACCUUGGUGCUCAGGGAUCUGGAGACACCAGUGACAGCCAGCCACCAUACUACUCAACCAUUUGUGAUAAGACUGAUAGUUUUCUGGCAGGUAACGUAUAAGUCCCUCCUAUUACCCCCAGAAUGCACCUUUUCCCUGAAACCCUCCCCUUUUACCUGUUGUUUGUUUUCUCUCCAGUUGGGUUAGAUGGGAUUCAAAGAAAAAAAAAGGAGAGCAAG